AUCAAUACCAGAGUAUAAUGAGCGCCAUUAGGCAAAUACGCGCACAGGAAGGCGUAUUCAGUUUCUACCGGGGCUUUUUGCCCAACCUAUUGGGCAUUAUUCCAUACGCUGGCAUCGAUUUAGCCGUCUAUGAAACUCUAAAGAAAUUAUAUUUAAGGCAUUAUUAUGUCGAGGAUGACGCGCCCGGAAUACUAGUGCUGCUCACAUGCGGUACAGUGAGCUCGACAUGUGGUCAGGUCUGCAGUUAUCCGUUAGCGCUGGUGAGGACACGAUUACAGGCACAGGUGGACAAGAAGUACACAAUGGUUGGCCUCUUUCGGGCGAUUAUCAAUAAAGAGGGCUUUUUUGGUCUCUAUCGGGGAAUCACACCUAACUUUAUGAAAGUAGCGCCGGCUGUCAGUAUAAGUUAUGUGGUAUACGAGAACACACGGCGAGCGUUGGGCGCCUCCAUGUCCUGAUGAGUGACCGCCGCCUCUAUUACACGUUUAGACCAAAUAAUAAAUUUAAUAAUAUUUUUAACUUAUAUUUUUACUUAAAAAUUUAAUCCAUAAUUUUUGUUUGAAUUUCAGCCGUAAAUUCAACAUAAAUUUAUACAUAAAGUGC